AUACGUGGAGAUAGCCUCUUUGUUCUUUGGUACUUGGUAGCGUACUCUUCAGAUUGGAGCUACCUAGCAAGCAAGCAAGCUAGCCUUAUCACUUCUCUUCCCCAAAUUGCACUCUGAUUCACAUACCCACCACGGCUAAUCAUGCCAUUUCUCACUCUCUGAGCAUCUGCGCCUCUUGUCUCUCACUUUUCCUUUGCUACAAUGAACUCAUGCUCUCUGGGGGAGGCUUGAUUCAUCAUCCUUGGCUCUUCAAGAAUGGAUUUUGGGCUGGUGGGCAUCGAGGGAAUGCUGAGUGGCGCCGACCCAGCAGCCCACGGAUCUGGGAAGAAGAUCAAGCAAGAGAGAUCUGGGUUGGGUGAAGAGACCUGGAGGCUUUCUAAGGCCCCCAGAAUUUCUUCUGAGGAGGAUGAGGUGGACUUAAAUGGUGUUAAUCCCACUAGUUUGCUGCUGAGAUCUGGGGAUAAUAAUGGGCGUGGCCACACCACUAUGCUUAGUUUCUCUUCCUCUUCCAAGUCUGAAGAAAUCCCCUUUCUUUCUGUUAAUGGGGAGGAUUCAUCUGCAAGCAUUUCUAUCCCUUUUUUUCAAUCUCAGCCCAAACAGGGUCUCCCUUCUGGUAAUGUUUCAGUUUAUGCUCCGGGAGGGGUGAACGAGGGCACACCCGGUGGCUUUUCAUUGUUCAGAGGUCCAUUCACUCCUUCUCAGUGGAUGGAGUUGGAGCAUCAGGCCUUGAUCUACAAGCACCUUGUGACAAAUGUCCCAAUCCCUUCGAGCCUGCUAGUUUCGCUUAAGAAAUCUCUGAGCCCAUAUACUUUUUCUGGUUUAUCUUCGAGAUCUUAUGCCUCCAAUUGGGGUUGGGGUCCUUUCCAUCUUGGUUUUGCAGGCAACACUGAUCCCGAGCCCGGUAGGUGUCGUCGAACAGAUGGAAAGAAAUGGCGGUGUUCUAGAGAUGCUGUUCCCGAUCAGAAGUACUGUGAAAGGCACAUCAACAGAGGCCGCCAUCGUUCAAGAAAGCCUGUGGAAGGCCAGACUGGCCGUGCUGCUUCUGGAAUCGCCGCCUCCAAGGCGGUUCCGGUCGCUUCUUCCUCCUCGUCGACGCCAGUGAUACCCAGUGGCGGGGCGUCCAACAGCUUUAGCGCUGUGCAGCACCAAUUCAAAAACAUGCAGCAAUGCUCUGCCAAUCCAUCCACUGACCAUCUCACUAGCAAUAGAACACAAGGCCUCUCUGUGAUAUCUCCUAGCUUUAAUUUGAAGUCCAAGGACUCGGCAAUCACGAUUCAGAAGCAGCAGAACCCUUUGGAAGAAUCCGCUCACUCAGAGUUUGGAUUUCUCUCGUCAGAUUCACUUCUCAAUCUCUCGCAAAAGUCCCAUGUAAAUUCUAAAAACUCUGGCACUCUCGAUUUCAAUUGCCACGUAGCAAACGAGCAACAUCCGGUUCACCAUUUCACUGAUAGCUGGACCAAGGAACAGUCGGGCUGCGCUUCUGUUUCCUGGCCAGAAUUGAAACCGGACUGGACUCAGCUGUCAAUGUCCAUCCCUAUGACUGCCUCAAAUUUUUCGUCCUCCUCGAGUUCCCCUAGGCAAGAGAAACACAGUCUUUCACCCGCGAAUUUAUCUUGUCAGCUCGACCCGACCCAAGCGGGGGGAAUUGGUGAGCUGAUGCAGAAGACGUCGAACUGGUUGCCAGUCUCGUGGGGGAACUCGAUGGGUGGUCCAUUAGGCGAGGUCUUGAAUAGUACUUCUGGUGGCAGUGGUGGAACAGGCAAGAACUCGUAUAAUCUGAACCUAAUGACAGAAGCGUGGGACAGUAAUCCACACUUUGGAUCGCCCCCGUCUGCUGACCUGCAAAAAUCCGACCUUUGUCUCACUCUCAAACAGCAGUUCGGGAAGCAGUCCCAAGAUGACAAGAAGACAGGAGCUGCUGCUGCUCUCGAGGAUGGGAUGGGGGACGAGGCGAUUGGCUCGAGCCUAGUAAGUUCGGUAUAUUCAAUCAACGUUUGUCUGUAAUGGGGUCGGGAAACUGAGAGCCAUGGAAGAGUUGAUGGAAGGUGACUUAAGUUCUUGAGAAUUUAUUUAUUUCCCUUGCAGUCUUUCCUUUUUUUAAUGUAUGUGUUCUGCGUUGUUUUUGAAGCAGACUUUCCAGAUUAACUUCAAGAGGGUGCAGCCAUCUAUAUUUAUUUUAUUGUUGUUAUCGUACUCCGACAUUGUUUCCCAGAAUUAUAUUAAAUGUUUGUUUCAUGUUUUCCGA